CUGUCUGCCAAUCAGUGGCUGGGUACUGAAAGAGAGAGAGCAGAGAGCAGAGAGCAGAGGAGGGGACGCAGAAGGGGACGGAACUUUACACUCAGCUUCCCACUGCACUGACCAGCACAGGACUGCACUAACAGAGAGGCGGAAGAACAGAAGAAGAAAGAAGAAAGCUACAAAAAAAAGAGUGAAAGAAGAAGAAGAAAGAGAAAGAGAGAAAGGGGGAUAGAGAGAGAGAGAGAGGAAGAGAAAGAGAGCCCGGGACAGAAGAGGAGAAAUGCCACAGAACGUGGUCCUGGACGGACCUGCCCCCUGGGGAUUCCGUCUCAUGGGAGGCAAGGACUUCAACCAGCCGCUGACCGUCUCGAGGGUGACCCCUGGCAGUAAGGCGUCCGUGGCCAACCUGUGCCCGGGCGACAUCAUCCUCGCCAUAGAUGGAGCGCCAGCUGAGGACGUGACCCACGGCGAAGCGCAGCUCAAGAUCAAAGACGCCGGCAACCAGCUCACCCUCAAAAUUGAGAGACCUGAAACCAGGCUCUGGUCUCCCGCUGUCUCCACUGAUGAUGGUAAAGUGAACCCCUUCAAAAUCAACCUGGAGGCUGAGCAGCAAGAUCUAGGUUACUUUGAACACAAGUUUAAUGUCAGGCCAAAGCCCUUCUCACUCUCAGGCCUACACAGCACACCAGUACAAAGGCCCAUGGGAAAUGUAGUUCUGGGUGGCAGUAAUCCUCCACAGCUUGUCACUCAACCGGUCGCUAACCCUGACCCCAACCAGUUCAUGGCCCCCACAGAUCAGUAUAACUCCCCCAUUGCUUUGUACUCAGAGGCCAAUGUUGCGAGCGCUCAACAGCAGGCUCAGAUGUCUGCUGGAGAAGAGAACUCAUCGCCAAGUGGAAAAAUGCUGUCAUCCAUCGAGGACUCCCAUGUGUACCGAAUGCUCCAGGACGGCCAGGAGCCAACCCACGAACCCCGGCAGUCUGGGUCAUUCAAAGCUCUGCAGGACUACAUCGAGAGCGACGGUAGCAGACCCCUGGUGACCAGAAGCGUACGAGCCCCGGUGACGAAGCCCUCCCAGGCGGGCAGCACGCUGUCCAAACUGCCGCUGUGUGAUAAGUGUGGCCAGGGCAUUGUGGGCACCGUUGUGAAGGCACGGGACAAGUUCCGCCACCCUGCUUGUUUCGUGUGCUCCGACUGUGACGUCAACCUGAAGCAGAAGGGCUACUUCUUCGUGGAGGGUCAGCUGUACUGCGAGAUGCACGCCCGCGUCCGCAUGGCGCCUGUGGACGGUCACGACCUGGUCGCCGUUUUCCCCUCCAGUUAGAGACAAACUGAGACCAAGAAAUACUGACAUGUAGACAAUGCAGCGGCAACUGUGCCAGUUUGGGUUACAAUAACUGCACUGAGAAAGAAUGCUUCAUACUAUCACAAGGUUUCCCCCAGGUGUUUUACAGUAAAAGUCUGAUUGGGUACUGUGCCUUUAAAGGAGGAGGAGUUUGUGUAUGUACGAGUGUUGGUCACUGCCAGUGAAAACUCUGCUGACCCAACUAUUGAGAUCCCUUUCAUUCAGUUCACACCAGCAGAAUCAUGAAUGCAAUAGUUGUGCCUUGCUAAAUUCAGAGUUGCAAUUGCUUGAUUAAAUUCUGAACGGACUUCUGAAA